GAGGUUACUGGGAUCCCUGGGAUUCCCGUUAAUGUCCCGGCUUUCCUUCAUCUUCAGCAUCUUUCUGGGUUUUUUUCGGACCUUUCUGAGCCGGGUCUCCGCCGGGUCUCCGCCGGGUCUCUGCCGGGUCCAGCGUCUCUCCGCCGGGUCCAGGAUCAGUCGGUGUCGGCCGGUUCGGCUGGUUCGGACGGUGGUUCCGUUGAUGAUAAAUCGGAGCUGUAAUCUCCGGAUUUAACGUGAAACAGCGAACAGACGGAGGACGGAUCAUCUUCAUCCUGCAGCUCCGUUAACGCUGAACUAACGUUACAUUAACGUGAUUUACUAGUUUAGUUGUCGGUGUUACCGGAUCACCGGUCAGAACCACAGACGGUACAGAGACUGCUCGUUUCAUUAUCGGUACCGGAGGCUGCUGACACCAGAACACACGUGGACUCAACCUCACUAUACUAUUAUUAGUAUUAUUAUUAAUAUUAUUAUUAUAGAGAACAGUAGAACCUGAUUAUAACGUUCAUUCUGGGAAUGUUCCGGUUCUGUAGGUUCCUGUCAGCUGGGUUCUAGUGUUCCUGUCAGCCGGGUUCUAGUGUUCCUGUCAGCCGGGUUCUAGUGUUCCUGUCAGCCGGGUUCUAGUGUUCCUGUCAGCUGGGUUCUAGUGUUCCUGUCAGCUGGGUUCUAGUGUUCCUGUCAGCUGGGUUCCUGUCAGCCGGGUUCUAGUGUUCCUGUCAGCUUGGUUCCUGUCAGCUGGGUUCUAGUGUUCCUGUCAGCUGGGUUCUGGUGUUCCUCUCAGCUGGGUUCCUGUAGGUUCCUGUCAGCUGGGUUCUAGUGUUCCUGUCAGCUGGGUUCUAGUGUCCCUAUCAGCUGGGUUCCGGUAGGUUCCUGUCAGCUGGGUUCUAGUGUUCCUGUCAGCUGGGUUCCUGUCAGCUGGGUUCUGGUGUUCCUGUCAGCUGGGUUCCUGUAGGUUCCUAUGAGCUGGGUUCUAGUGUUCCUAUAGGUUCCUGUCAGCUGGGUUCUAGUGUUCCUGCAGGUUCCUAUGAGCUGGGUUCUAGUGUUCCUGCAGGUUUCUGUCAGCUGGGUUCUGGUGUUCCUGUAGGUUCCUGUCAGCUGGGUUCUAGUGUUCCUGCAGGUUCCUAUGAGCUGGGUUCUAGUGUUCCUGCAGGUUUCUGUCAGCUGGGUUCUGGUGUUCCUGUAGGUUCCUGUCAGCUGGGUUCUAGUGUUCCUGCAGGUUCCUGUCAGCUGGGUUCUGGUUUUCCUGUAGGUUCCUAUCAGCUGGGUUCUAGUCCCAUUUAAAGAACCUCAGAUCAGCUGAUCAAGAACACAUUUUAGAUUUAUCAUUAUUAAUAAAACUGCAGAAACAUCAGCAACAAUUCAAUAAAACCUAUUUUUAUUUAAUAUAUUUAUUAUUAUUAUUAUUAUAUUUAUUAUUAUUAUUAUAUUUAUUAUUAUAUUUAUUGUCUGUUGGCUGAAUAUUAAUUAAAUACUUUGAAAUCAAACAGCAGCAAUUUAAUAACAAAAAUAUUCUGAGAACGUUUCUGAAACCUAAAUGUAUUUAAUUGAGAUGUCUAUAUGUUAUUAUUUAUUAUAGUUUAAUAGUAAAGUGAGUGAUGAUGUCACUUUAAAGCUGAUAAAGUCGGACUGUGAUUGGUCAGGAAGUGACCACGUGGUCUCCAGUGUUCCUACAUGUGUUUGACCUUUAACCUUUAGUGAUGACCUCAGGAGACAACGACUGAACGUUAACGGCUAAAAUAUUAUAAUUAAUAUUUAAUUAAAGACAGAAGUGAGUUACUGUUCCUACGUUUCUGACAACAGCAUUAGAGUUAAUAUUAUUCAUUAUCAUUAUAAUAAUCAUAAUUAUAUAAUAUUAUAUUAUUAUUAUAAAUCAUAAUUAUUACAAAUAAUUAUUUAUAAUUUAAACUAAAAAUAGAACGCAACAGAAAUUAAACGUCUUUUUAAUGAGUAGUUCUGUCGAUGAAUCGCUGCCGAGUGAUCGGCUGCGACUUGGCUAACGUUACUUAGCAGCAGCGAGGCUGAAGCUUGGAAUCAUGGGACGUGUAGUUGGAUGUUGCUCAGUUAAAAGGACUACAACAAUGGACUCCAGCUCCCAGCAGCGUUAGCGCCGACAGCAAGACUUGGAUGGUAGCCGACGUCACGGCGACGGACCCGCUCUCAUCGCGUCGGACAGACGUGAAUAUUUGUAACUUGGUGGAUCUUUAACGUUGAGUUUUGAUGUCGGAUAAGACGGCGCCGCGCUGCCAGCUGAGGCUGGAGUGGAUCCACGGGUACCGAGGUCACCAGUGUCGUAACAACCUGUACUACACGGCGGGGAAGGAGGUGGUGUACUUCGUGGCCGGGGUGGGCGUGGUCUACAACACCCGAGAACACACCCAGAAGUUCUACCUGGGGCACAAUGAUGACAUCAUCAGUCUGGCGAUCCAUCCUGAUAAGAUCCAGGUGGCGACGGGUCAGGUGGGUAAAGACCCGUUCAUCUGUAUCUGGGACACCUACGCCAUGCAGACCGUGUCCAUCCUGAGGGACGUCCACACGCACGGAGUGGCCUGUUUGGCCUUCGACUCUGACGGACAGCGGCUGGUGUCGGUCGGUCUGGACGCCAAGAACACGCUGUGUGUUUGGGACUGGAGGAGAGGACGAGUCCUCGCCACGGCAACCGGACACUCAGACAGAAUCUUUGACGUGGCCUGGGAUCCGUGUCAGUCCAGCCGUCUGGUCAGCUGUGGAGUCAAACACAUCAAGUUCUGGACGCUCUGUGGGAACGCUCUGACUCCGAAGAGAGGGAUCUUUGGGAAGACGGGCGACCUGCAGACCAUCCUGUGUGUUUCUACAGCCAAAGACGAGCUGACGUACUCCGGAGCUCUGAACGGAGACGUCUACGUGUGGAGAGGAAUCACUCUGAUCAGGACUGUACAGGCUGCACACGGGGCGGGGAUCUUCAGCAUGCACGCCUGUGAGGAAGGAUUCGCCACGGGAGGACGAGACGGCUGCAUUAGACUGUGGGACGUUGACUUCAAACCCAUCACCAAGAUCGACCUGAGAGAGGCCGAGCAGGGAUACAAAGGUCUGUCGAUCCGCAGUGUUUGCUGGAAGGCCGACCGGAUCCUGGCGGGGACGCAGGACAGCGAGAUCUUCGAGGUCAUGGUGCGAGACCGGGACAAACCGGUCCUGCUGAUGCAGAGUCACAGCGAGGGCGAGCUGUGGGCGCUCGACCUGCACCCCAAACAACCGGUUGCCGUGACCGGGAGCGACGACCGCUCUGUCAGGCUGUGGAGUCUUCCUGACCACACGCUGCUGGCUCGCUGUAACAUGGAGGAAUCUGUCCGCAGUGUUUCCUUCAACAACGACGGCUCUCAACUUGCUCUGGGCAUGAAGGACGGAUCCUUCACCGUGCUGCGAGUCAGGGACAUGACGGAGGUUGUGCACAUCAAGGACAGGAAGGAGGUGAUCCACGAGCUGAAGUUUUCACCGGAUGGUUCCUAUCUGGCAGUGGGAUCAAACGAUGGGCUGGUGGACAUCUACGCCGUCGCCCAGCGCUACAAGAAGAUGGGCGAGUGCAGCCGCUCCACGUCCUUCAUCACCCACCUGGACUGGUCGGUCGACAGCCGCUUCCUGCAGACCAACGACGGCGCCGGAGAGCGGCUCUUUUACAGGAUGCCAGCAGGGAAGCUGGUUCCUAAAGAGGAGGCGAAGGGGAUCCACUGGAUGACGUGGACCGGCGUCAUCGGGCCGGAGGUGAACGGCAUCUGGCCCAAAUACUCCAACGUCAACAACGUGAACUCGGUGGACGCCAACUACAGCAGCGCCGUGCUGGUGACCGGGGACGACCUCGGCCUCGUCAAACUCUUCAGGUUCCCCUGCCUCAAGAAAGGAGCCAAAUUCAAGAAGUACAUCGGUCACUCUGCCCAUGUGACAAACGUUCGCUGGUCCAACGACCUGCAGUGGGUCGUCAGCACCGGCGGCGCCGACCACGCCGUCUUCCAGUGGAGGUUCCUGCCCGAGGGCGUCAUGAACGGCGUCCUGGAGCCGCUCCUCCAAGAGGGUUACGCCGACUCCAACAGCGGAGAGUCGGACUCGGACGUGUCCGACGUCCCGGAGCUUGACUCGGACAUCGAACAGGAAGCUCAGACCAGCUACGAACGUCAGGUGUAUAAGGAGGACCUGCCUCAGCUGAGAAAGAAACUGAUUGGUUCCCUGAAGCGUCAGAAAGCUCCGGAGGAGGGGCUUCGUCUGCAGUUUGUUCACGGGUAUCGGGGCUUCGACUGUCGUAACAACCUGUUCUACAGUCAGACGGGGGAGGUGGUGUACCACGUGGCCGCCGUCGCCGUCGUCUACAACCGGCUGCAGCACAGUCAGAGGUUCUACCUCGGCCACGACGACGACAUCCUCAGCCUCACCGUCCACCCGCUCAAAGACUACGCGGCCUCCGCGCAGGUGGGCAGAGACCCGGCUGUCCACGUCUGGGACAUCCAGACUCUCAAGUGUCUGUCACUACUAAAGGGACACCACAGCAGAGGAGUGUGUGCGCUGGAGUUCACAGCGGACGGGAAGAGUUUGGUCUCGGUGGGAAUUGAUGAAUUUCACUCCAUCGUCAUCUGGGACUGGAAGAAAGGAGAGAGACUGGCCAAGGCCAGGGGUCAUAAAGACAAAACGUUUGUGGUGAAGAGUAACCCGUUCAGGAUGGACAAACUGGUGACCGUCGGCCUGAAACACAUCAAGUUCUGGCAACAUUCAGGUGGCGGUCUGACCUUUAAACGGGGGAUUUUCGGGAACCUGGGGAAGCAGGAGACGAUGAUGUCGGCGUGUUACGGUCGAUCGGAGGACCUGGUCUUCUCCGGAGCCACCAACGGAGACGUUUACAUCUGGAGAGACACCACUCUCAUCAAGACCAUCAAAGCCCACGACGGCCCCGUGUUCGCCAUGUGCUCCCUGGACAAGGGUUUUGUGACGGGGGGGAAGGAUGGCAUCGUGGAGCUGUGGGACGACAUGUUCGAGAGAUGUCUGAAGACGUACGCCAUCAAGAGAGCCGCCCUGUCUCCGUCCUCUAAAGGUCUGCUGCUGGAGGACAACCCGUCCAUCAGAGCCAUCACUCUGGGUCACGGUCACAUCCUGCUGGGAACCAAGAACGGAGAAAUCCUGGAGAUCGACAAGAGUGGACCCAUGACGCUGCUGGUUCAGGGUCACAUGGAGGGGGAGGUGUGGGGUUUGGCGGCUCACCCUCUACUUCCUGUCUGCGCCACCGUCAGUGACGACAAAACUCUGAGGAUCUGGGAGCUGUCGGCCAAUCACCGCAUGGUCGCCGUCCGCAAGCUCAAGAAGGGUGGGCGGUGCUGUGCCUUCUCUCCGGACGGUAAAGCUCUGGCGGUCGGUCUGAACGACGGCAGCUUCCUGGUGGUGAACGCCGACACGCUGGAGGACAUGGUGACCUUCCACCACCGCAGGGAGCUCAUCUCAGACAUCCGCUUCUCCCAAGACGCAGGGAAGUACCUGGCGGUGGCGUCCCAUGACUCCUUCGUGGACAUCUACAACGUGCUGACCAGUAAGAGAGUCGGCAUCUGUAAAGGAGCCGGCAGCUACGUCACGCACAUCGACUGGGACUCCAGAGGUAAACUGCUGCAGGUGAACACUGGAGCUAAAGAGCAGCUGUUCUUUGAGGCUCCACGAGGACGCAAACAGAACAUCAGCGUGGCCGAGUUUGAGAAGCUGGACUGGGCGAGCUGGACGUCUGUUCUGGGUCCUGCCUGUGAGGGAAUAUGGCCGACACUCAGCUUCGUUAACGCCGCCUCGCUAACCAAAGAUUGCAAACUGCUCGCCACCGGAGACGACUUUGGCUUCCUCAAACUGUUCAGCUUCCCGUCCCGGGGCCAGUUUGCCAAGUUUAAGAAGUACGUGGGUCACAGCACCAACGUGACCAACGUCCGCUGGUCCAACGACGACUCCGUGCUGCUGUCGGUGGGCGGGGCCGACACGGCGCUGAUGAUCUGGACCAGAGAGCCGUCGGGUCACAAGGAGAGCAAGGCCGUGGACAGCGAGGAGUCGGACGACGACACGGAGGAGGACGGAGGGUACGACAGCGAUGUGGCCCGGGAGAAGGUGGUGGACUACGUCACCAAGAUCUACUCCGCCAGCAUCAGGAACAUGUCAGGAACCAGACCUCACCUGCAGCACAAAGAGCUUCCUGUCGAGGAGAGGCCUCCGGUGAGUCGCGCUGCACCGCUACCUGACAAACUGCUGAAGAACAACGUGACCAAGAAGAAGAAGGUGGUGGAGGAGCUGGUGCUGGAGCACGUCUUUGGCUACAGAGGCUUCGACUGUCGCAACAACCUGCAUUACCUCAACGACGGUGCUGACAUCAUCUUCCACACCGCUGCCGCCGUGGUCAUCCAGAACCUGUCCGCCGGAACCCAGAGUUUCUACCUGGAACACACCGAUGACAUCCUCUGUCUGACCGUCAAUCAACACCCAAAAUACCAAAACGUCAUCGCUACAGGACAGAUCGGUGACAUCGCUGACCUGCCAGGCCUCGCUCCGUCCAUCCAUGUUUGGGACGCCAUGACCAAGCAGACGUUGUCCAUCCUCCGCUGUUCCCACGCUAAAGGUGUCGGCUACGUCAACUUCAGCGCCACCGGAAAGCUGCUGCUGUCGGUGGGGGUGGAGCCGGAACACACCAUCACAGUGUGGAGGUGGCAGGAAGGCACCAGAGUGACUUGUAAAGGUGGCCAUGCUGAGCGGAUCUUCGUGGUGGAGUUCAGACCGGACUCCGACACCCAGUUUGUGUCGGUGGGAAUCAAACACAUCAAGUUCUGGACUCUGGUCGGAGGUUCGCUGGUGUACAAGAAAGGCGUGAUCGGGUCGGUGGAGGACGGACGCAUGCAGACCAUGUUGUCUGUCGCCUUCGGUGCUAACAACCUGACGUUCACCGGCGCCAUAAACGGAGACGUGUACGUAUGGAGGGAGCACUUCCUGGUACGAGUGGUGGCGAAGGCGCACAGCGGUCCCGUCUUCACCAUGUACACCACCCUGAGGGACGGACUCAUCGUCACCGGGGGGAAGGAGCGGCCGACUAAAGAGGGCGGCGCCGUGAAGCUCUGGGAUCAGGAGAUGAAGCGCUGCAGAGCGUUUCAACUGGAGACCGGCCAGCUCGUGGAGAACGUCCGGUCCGUCUGCAGAGGGAAGGGUAAGAUCCUGGUGGGAACCAAAGAUGGCGAGAUCAUCGAGGUCGGGGAGAAGAACGCCGCCUCCAACACCAUGAUCAACGGACACACUCAGGGAGGGAUCUGGGGUCUGGCAGCUCACCCUUUCAAAGACGUCUUCAUCUCCGCCAGCGACGACGGGACCAUCCGAAUAUGGGACCUGGCUGAUAAGAAACUCCUGAACAAAGUGAGUUUGGGUCAUCCUGCCAAGUGCACCUCCUACAGUCCCAACGGAGAGAUGGUUUCUAUCGGCAUGGAGAACGGAGAGUUCAUCGUCCUGCUGGUCAACUCGCUCACCGUCUGGGGCAAGAAGAGAGACCGCAGUGUCGCCAUCCAGGACAUACGGUUCAGUCCAGAUAACCGGUUCUUGGCGGUGGGUUCCGUUGAAAGCGCCGUGGACUUCUACGACCUUUCUCUGGGACCGUCCCUGAACCGGAUCGGCUACUGUAAGGACAUCCCCGGCUCCGUCAUCCAGAUCGACUUCUCUGCUGACAGCAAACACAUCCAGGUGUCCACCAGCUGCUACACUCGGCAGGUGCAUGAAGUUCCGUCGGGGAAGAUGGUCACAGAGCAGCCGGUGUUUGAGAGGAUCACCUGGGCUACCUGGACCAGCAUCCUGGGUGACGAGGUUCUCGGCGUUUGGCCUCGUAACACGGAGAAGGCGGACGUUAACUGUGCUUGUGUUUCCCACGCCGGCCUCAACCUGGUGACCGGCGACGACUUCGGCCUCAUCAAGCUCUUUGAUUUCCCGUGCACGGAAAAAUUUGCAAAACACAAACGCUACUUCGGUCACUCCGCUCACGUCACAAACGUUCGCUUCUCCUGUGAUGACAAGUACGUCAUCAGCGCCGGAGGCAGCGACUGCAGUUUAUUUGUGUGGAAAUGUCAGUGAGCUCCCCAAAAAAAACCAGGAGUCCACCGGAGUCCACCACACACCACCUGAGACCACCGGAGACCACCGGAGACAACCAGAGACCACCAGGGACCACCUGAGUCCUCCAUCAGUCGAGUCUCUUCUCCUCCUCCUCCUCCUCCUCUUCCUCCUGUGAUGCUGCACUCACCUGUGCUGAUGCUUCGGACUCUUUACCUGAGACCGUUCAGGACCUGAAGACUGAAACACGUGUGAGCGUUUCAGUCUGAACUGUAUUCCCUGCUGCUGACAGACUCCCGUCUCGUGGGAUCAAACCUGUGGCGUUUUGCGCUGCAGGACGCUCCGUCUCGGAGCCGACGGUACUGUAUUUAUUGUGACGUUAGUUCUUCAGAUGAUUUCACGUGAAGCUGAAGCAGCGGUCGGUUGAUUUAUUUCAGGUGUAUUUGUGUCGGUAAAUUUGUCCAAAAUAGAUGUGAGAACGUGAGAAGUCCAGUUUGUCCAGUUGAACCCUUUUGAGAAGUCGUAACGUAGUGUAGCCUGGUAGCGUAGCGUAGCCUCGUAGCGUAGCGUGUUCCUGUGUGUCAGUACGUGCCUUUAUCACAAACUCUGACCAAACAUUUGAUACAACUUUAUUUAUAAUCGUGGUGCUAUGAAACGUGAUCAUUUAGGGCUUUUUACAGGUACGGAGGAUGAGUCCUGUCGUUGUGUUUAGUAUCUCGUACUGUCUGAUGAUGAUGAUGAUGAUGAUGAUGAUGAUGGUGAUGAUGAUAGGUAGAAACACUGUAGAGGAAAGAUGGAUCUUAGUUUGAUCCCAGCUGUUUAAACUGAAAAUGUGAAACUAGUUUGUGAAAAAAAAGAAGAGUUCUACCUCAGAAAACAAUAAAGUGAAACUAAACGAUAUUUAAGGUAUUUCAAUAAAUAUGAAUAGAGUUUAUAGAGCCGACGGAGUGUUUCUGUCCUCUGUUGUCUCUCUGUUCUCUGUCUCCUGUAGAAAUAAAACCUCAACAGAGUCUGAA